UUCCCUUCUUUUUAUAUAUUUCGAAGCUACGGACGGAUGUGGGGGGGAUGAGAUCCCAUUUUCGGCUGCAUCCGCAUCUCCCAACAACCGCAACCAUUGAAGCCCUGUGAUCCGAUUCGUGCUCUUCCUGCAGAUGGCGACGAGCUUCGUCCACUCUCACAGACCCGAGUUUCUCACCGUCGCCGUCGCUGCGGUUGCCAUCGGCGUUGCUACUACCUACUAUUUCUACAUCACCAAGAAAUCUAAACCCCAAGGCUGCUUGGACCCUGAUAAAUUCAAAGAAUUUAAGCUAGUUAAACGCACACAGCUUAGCCAUAAUGUAGCUAAGUUCAGAUUCUCUCUUCCGACGCCAACCUCUAUCUUGGGGCUGCCGAUUGGGCAGCAUAUGAGUUGCAGAGGAAAAGAUAGCGAAGGUGAAGAAGUUGUGAAACCGUACACUCCAACCAGUUUGGAUACAGAUGUUGGAUACUUUGAUUUGGUCAUAAAGAUGUAUCCUCAAGGAAGGAUGUCCCACCACUUUCGUGAGAUGCGUGAAGGUGAUUUCUUGGCGGUGAAAGGUCCUAAGGGACGUUUCAAGUAUGAAGCUAAUGAAGUUGAGGCCUUUGGGAUGCUUGCUGGAGGCACAGGCAUAACUCCUAUGUUCCAGGUUGCACGAGCAAUACUAGAAAACCCAGUUGAUCACACCAAUGCGCAUCUUAUAUAUGCUAAUGCUACUUAUGAAGACAUUCUUCUAAAGGAAGAAUUGGAUAGUCUUGCGUCUAGGUUCCCUUCCCGCUUUUCUGUCUACUAUGUGCUCGAUCAGCCUCCUGAAGGAUGGGAUGGCGGCGUUGGCUUUGUGACUGAGGAAAUGAUACGACUACACUGUCCUGGACCAUCCCCUAAUGUUCGGGUGGAUAUUGAGGUGCGGACCACCCCCCAUGAACAAAGCUAUGGGUGCUUACCUCAAAACUAUUGGCUAUACUUACCAAAUGCAGUUCCAGUUCUAAUCCAACCAACCCCAUUAUUUACUCUCCUCUUUGCUCUACUUGCCCGAUCUAAUUCAAUCUUCCCAUCCCCAUCCCAAAAGCAAUUGAAGUAAAUGUGUAUCCAACAAACAAUGUAUGUUAAACCCAAUAUUUGGUACUGAACUUGAUGUGAUAUGCAGACAUACACUGGGUUCACAUAAAAGAAAAGAAAAGGUAAGGCAAAGAAGGAAGUUACA